GCAAGAAAGCCAACAAAAUUCAAAGAACCCUAAACCUCUGCGGAGUUGUGGAUGUUGAUGCAUGGCGGAAGUGAAGACUCUGGUAGUGAGGAAGCCCUGCUUUGGCCUUCCAACUGGUUGCCCUCAAUGCCUUUCUGCUUACAUAUAUCUCAACUUCGCUCAAAUUCCCUUCCACUUGGAUUUUCAGCUAAACAACCCUCAUUCUGAUAAAAUUCCUUACUUUGAAGUUGGUGACUGUGUGGUGUAUAAUAAUGAGAGAGAGGGGAUCAUUGACUGCUUGAAGAAAGAUGCUGGUGUAGUUGAUUUAGAUAGUGAGGUUUCUUCACUCCCUGAAUGGAUAUCAACCAAAGCAAUUCUCACCACUUGGCUUGCUGAUGCUCUUGCCUAUGAACUCUGGGUGGGGUGUGAAGCUUCCUCUGCUAAUAGCAUCUAUUAUUCUGAUCUUCCAUGGCCAUUAGGGAAGGUUCUCUUUUGGAAUAAGGCUCGUUGGGUAAAGCUGAAACACGGGAUAACGAAUGACAAUGUUGAAGUAAAGAAAGAAAAGAUUUAUGAGAAAGCAAACUCUGCAUAUGAUGCCUUGUCAAAUUGCUUAGGUGAACAAAAUUACUUGUUUGAGAACAGACCAUCAAGUUUGGAUGCUAUUUUUCUCGCGCAUGGACUCGUUGUUAUUCAAGCUUUACCUGAAUGCUCAAUACUGCGGAUAAAGUUUUUGGAACAUGGUAAUUUAGUUAGAUAUGUGCAACGGUGUAAGACAGAACUUAUAGAAGCUGCUCCAUCUCCUUCCUCUGGCCCACAAUUUCAUACUGAUGCAUCAUCAUCAGCUUCCAAAAGUCAUUCAACCUGGAAUUCAAAGCCUAAGAACAAAACCAAAAGGGAGAAAACAAAGGAGGAGAAAACAUUCAAAAGGAAGGCCAAAUAUUUUGUGGUAGCACAGUUGGUUGCAGUUGUUGUUUUCCUCACGCUUAUGACUACAUUUGAUGAUACUGAAGUGGACGUAGAUGAUGCUGAUGGUGGUUAUGAUUAUGAUGAAUGAAAAUACAUUCCUUUAUUUAUCUUCCUCUCAAUUGCAAAGCCAAGGUUGCCAACCUGAUAAAAACAAGUGUCUCCUUUACUUGUUACGAUGCAAAAUUGGAAAAUUACAUUCAUUCUAAAUAACUAAUCAUAAGAUCCAUUUUUGUAUACACGAGUUCUAUAAAUAGAUUGAUCAUUGGAAUAUGUUCUU